AUGAGUUACAAGACCUUCCAACCUUUUCGUGGGUUCUACAGAGCUGGUAGGGAAUAUCUGGGUUAUCCCAUGUACAGAAGCCACACAUCUUCAUCAGAUGUAAAACCAAAACCAUAUAUCUCUCAUAACGUACCUUACUACAGAAUACACCAAGUUCAUGUAGGAUCUGGAGGCUCAGGUAUCAGGCACUCAUCUUCUGGUCAGAGAGAUGUCAUGGGAAAUGCUCAUGGAUUUAAUAGAGAUCAUAAGAUCAGACAGUCUUCAAACCGCACUGGCUGGACCAACAGCAAACUGUUCAACUUUGAUGAAAAGAAAACCAUGCAGUCACUAAAUGGCCGCCUGGAAUCAUACUUGGAGAAUGUGAAACAAAUGGAAGAGGAAAAUGUGAUAAUAGAGAAGAAGAUCUGUGAAUGGUAUGAAAAACAUUCUGGCAUGGUCUACCCGGACUUCAGUUCAUACCUCCACACGGUCACUGAUCUUCAGGAUCAGAUACUGCUGGCUACAGAACAAAUUGCCAGUCUUGUAAAGCAGAUCAGCAAUGGCCACACUACUGCUGAUGAUUUCAGAAACAAGGAAGAGAUGAAUUUUAAGAUGAGGACACUUGCGGAGAAGGAUCUGUGUGAUCACACGGGCAUACUUGAAACCAUUAACAUGGAAAAACAGAAUCUUAAUGCAAAUAUACAAAACCUCGAGGAAGAGUUGCAACAGCUAAUGAAAACCAGCGAGGAGGAGAUAAAGUGCCUUCAGGCUCAGCUGGGAACCAGAGUCAAUGUUGAGGUUGAGAUGACUCCUUCUAUAGAUCUUAAUAAAGCCUUAUCUGAAAUUCGGAAGGAAUAUGAAAGCCACAUGGAGAGAAAUCUCAGUGACAUUGAAAGCAAGUUCUAUGAUCUGACCUCUGAACUGAGUAUGAUGUCCAGUAGUAUCGACCAGCUGCAGCAGUUUAGUAAUGAGGCUAUUGAUCUAAAAUUGCAGAAGAAGACUUUGGAGGCUGAACUGAAAAAGCAAAUGUCUAUGAUAUCAGUUCAAAAUUCCACCUUCAUGGAGAUCAAUGAAGGGUACAGUUCCCAACUCAAAUAUCAUCAAGAUGUGAUAGAUAUUAAUGAACUGCAGAUGGAAGAAAUACAAUCCAAAGUGAAACAAUUAAAUGUUGAGUAUGAACUCAAUGCAAAUACCAAGAUCUUCCUUGAGAAAGAAAUAGCCACAUACAAGAAGCAUCUUGAAGGACAGACCACUAAGUACGUAUAA